AUGGCUAACUAUUACGAAGUGCUGGGGGUACAGUCCAGUGCCUCCCAGGAGGACAUCAAGAAGGCCUACCGAAAGCUGGCCUUGCGCUGGCACCCUGACAAAAACCCUGACAACAAGGAGGAGGCCGAGAAGAAGUUCAAGCAGGUGUCCGAGGCCUACGAGGUCCUGUCCGACUCCAAGAAGCGCUCUGUGUACGACCGGGCGGGCUGCGACUGCUGGGGGGCCGGCGGCGGGGCCAGCACCCCCUACAACAGCCCCUUCGACACGGGCUACACCUUCCGGAACCCCGAGGACAUCUUCCGUGAGUUUUUCGGUGGCCUGGACCCUUUCUCCUUUGACUUCUGGGUCACCCCCUUCAAUAGCGACCGCGCGGGCCAGGGCCACGGCCUGAGGGGCGCCUUCUCCACCGGCUUCGGCGAGUUCCCCGCCUUCAUGGAGGCCUUCUCGGCUCUGGACACGCUGGGCCGCGGGGGCACCGCCAGCCGCACCACCUUCUCCUCCACCUCCUUUGGGGGCUCCGGCUCCGGCAGCUCAGGCUUCAAGUCAGUGAUGUCGUCCACCGAGAUGGUUAAUGGACACAGGGUCACCACCAAGCGCAUCGUGGAGAACGGGCAGGAGCGCGUGGAGGUGGAAGAAGAUGGGCAGCUCAAGUCGCUGACCAUCAACGGCAAGGAGCAGCUGAAGCGGGUGGACAACAAGUAA